GCCAGGUACCUCCCCCUUCUCCCUUUGUUUUAGUGUCAGGCAGAAGCCGAGUUUCCUGUUGAUACCGGAAUAUUGUGAAUGGGCAGGAAAACGCCACCUUCUUCUGCUCCUUCUCUCUUUCUUGGCUGUUGCUCGUCUCUCUUUCUCGCUCUUCUUUUCUCCACUCCUCUCUUCUCUCCAAUUUCCCCGGAGUUGUUCUGUGAAAGAGAAAGCAGAAAGGCCUAGGCUGAGUCGGAAGCACAUUUUAAACUUGAGCAAGAGAGAGCGCGAAGAGAAGCAAGGGAAGCAAAAGUCAGACAAGAGCUGGAGCUCUCCGCGAAAUCGCCUGAGCUGCAGGUGCAGGCACACGCAAAAAAAAGGUCGGACAGAGCAUACAAUGAAGAGGACCGAUUCCUAAGAGCAUUUUUUGUGCCUGUCGCCGAUGGCUGAAGCCUGGAGGCUGGAAGAAGACGAGGAAGAGCUGAAAGAGCUCGGCAGAAGGCACAGGCGAGGCAACUUAAACCCCGCGAACGAUCGUACUGAAAGAAAUAAACCUGAUCACCGUUCUUCAGGCCAAGGUCCCCUGUCAUCCAUUAAAGCAGCCAUCAAGAGGACUUCCCGUACUUCCAACCAGAGUGAACAGCAAAGGGACAGAAGACGCCCGGAAAUCACUAUAGUUGCGGCUGAGCCUCUUAGGCCAUCUUCCUGGUUUCCAGGUGGAAAUCAUGUCUCUCAGCAAGGCCUAGUUUUCCCGUCAUCUCCCACCCCAGCUUCCUGGAGGACAAAUGAGCUUGUUCCUGCUGAGCCACCUUCAUAUGAACAGGUAAUAAAAGAGAUCAGUCAAGUGCAAGUCAGUACAACCGGUAACAACAAUGUUGCUGGUUCUACUAAUUCCAGAUGUACUGCUACAUCAUCAACACAGACUGACUUUCCAGAGGAGAUAAUCAGCAAUUUGCCAGGAAUUAAUGUGAAAAGUAAUCUGCAUGCUCUUUGUGAAUGUGAAACCGCUCCAGCUGUACAAAUUCCUCGCAAACCACCUAGACCAUUGUCAGCUUUGCUGAACAACAAUCUUUCCAAAAAUGAGGACUUCCUAGUUGUCUUGGAAGAGCAGACAUGUCAGGAGAAGCCUAAUGCUGUUGUAUGUCCAGUGCCAAAACCAAGAUCAAAAGGCAAUCUGAAACCUGUUGUUAAAGAGACACAAAAUAAUACCGAAGACAAUCAGGAAGAAACAAGCCAGUCAAGAGACACCUCCUCAAUUCAGUUGGUAUCCCUACUAGAUGAUAGCUUGUUGGAUAGUCAUGUGGUGACGGACAGUAUGGAUACAGACAAGAACCAAAGCAGUAUAGUAUCACGGAUCAAAGCUUUUGAAACGCAGGCAAAUACGGAAACUUCAGGACUAGCAAAGAAACCAGAAAUUUCUCCACGUUCAUUAGCCCCCAAGCCUAUAGUUAGUGUAAAAAAACCUGUGGUUGCGCCAAAGCCAGGAGUUAUCAGAACUUCCGGUGAGUGGGAUUCAUGGGCAGAAAGCAAACUGAAGGUUGUUUCCCAAGAACGACACCUUCAGCCUCAGGAAGCUGGGUGCAACAUUACAACCAAGCCUGAACUGCCAAAGAAACCCAAACAAGACAUUGUAAAAAGCAGUAGCAAUGGGCCACUUAAUACAGGGAGCAAAUUGACUUCGGAGAAUACUGAAGGACAGAAAAAAUCUCCCGUUCCUGCUCCUAGGCCACUUGCACCCAAGAAGUCAGUGUCUUUUGAAAGUCCUACAGUUCCUCCUCUUCCACUGCAGCCAUCUAGUUCUGCUCCCAAACUCUCUGUAGCUGUCCAGGCAAAUGCAUUCAGGUCUCUGGGGGAGCCAACUGCAAGCAAUGUCUCAGCACCUCCACGGCAGAGCUUGCCACCUAGGGAAGGAGAUCUUAUCAGCUUUGAUGAUGAUGUUUUACCGUUUAACUCAGUUGGGGCUGUUCAAGAGUUAACCCAUUCAGAAUCAGAUCUAAAUUUGGCUUCUAAAAAUGAACCUACAAAAGAACAGGUAAUCCAACCAACUGUUGUGCGGAAACCUACUGUGAUCAGAAUCCCAUCAAAAGCAGCAAAAGUUUUAAAUGAAGUUCCAGAAAGUCCUCCACCACUUCCUGUUGAGAAGCCUAUUGGGAACACAUCCAGUGUAUCAAGCGCAAAGCCCGAUAAUAUCAAAACAACAAAGAAGGAAUCUGAGUGUUCCAGUUUGACACAGAUGUCUAAGAAUGAACCUGUAAUGCCCCCAAAAUCUGUUGAGGGAAAAAACAUACCAGCUCGACCUCCUCCACCUAAAGGCGCCCCAGGAAGGCCACCACCACCAAAGUCCGCUAAGACCUCAUCAAAAAUGGAUAACUUUUGUCGCUCAUCAUCUGACACAACCCUCCACAAAAAACACAGCAAGUUUGGCUUAGGAGUUAAGAGGGCAAAGAGUCAGAUCACUAAAAAUCAAGAUCCAACAUUACCUCCUCGACCUAAGCCAGGUCAUCCUCUCUACAAUAAAUAUAUGCUUCCUGUGCCCCAUGGAAUUGCCAAGGAAGAUAUUUCUCCCCAAAAUACUGGAAGCCUUUCAUGCAAGCAGGGUGAUGUCCUUGUGCUUCUGGAUCACAUUGACAACAAUUACAUUGAAUGCCAAAAGGGAGAAGGAACUGGCAAAGUACGGUUAUCUCAGGUGCAAAUAAUAACACCAAUUGAUGAGAGUUCAAGAAGCAGACAAAGGGAUUCACACAAUAUGCGGAAGGUCUCUGACACAAGUGCUCCUCAUGCAGUAGUGCUGCAUGAUUUUCUAGCAGAACAUUCUGAUGAUUUGGGCCUAAAUUCUGGAGAGACUGUUUAUCUUCUGAAGAAAAUAGAUGAUGAGUGGUACAGAGGAAAAUGCAAGAAUCGCACAGGGAUCUUUCCUGCCAGCUUUGUCAAAGUUAUUGUAGAUAUUCCUGGAGAAAGUAACAAGACAAAGGUACAGUUUUCAUCACCAAUUGUUACAGGCCCUAGAUGUAUAGCUCGAUUUGAGUACAUUGGAGAUCAAAAUGACGAAUUAAGCUUUUCAGAAGGUGAAAUUAUUAUUUUAAAGGACUAUAUCAAUGAAGAAUGGGCUAAAGGAGAGCUGAGAGGUGCUACUGGAAUUUUCCCCUUGAACUUCGUAGAAGUUAUUGAAGAUCUCCCAGCACCAGAUGGUGGAGCAGCACUGAAGAAUAAGAAAAAUAACUGCCAAUCAGUGACACAGCAGGAACAGCAUCCUGGAGAAUGGUGUGAUGCGCUCCAUGAUUUCACAGCAGAAACCAGUGAGGACUUAUCCUUUAAAAAGGGAGAUCGCAUCUUGAUAUUGGAGCACUUGGACUCAGAAUGGUACAGAGGGAGACUAAACGGAAAAGAAGGAAUUUUUCCUGCCAUUUUUGUACAUAUUUGCUCAGAAGGACCAAAACCUCCACAUGGGAAGAGAAGAAGAGGCCAGGCUAUGUAUGACUUUCAUGCAGAGAAUGUAGAUGAGCUCUCCUUCCAAGUUGGUGAUACAAUAACAGAACUAGACUCUGUAGAUGAAGACUGGAUGAGUGGAGAGCUACAUGGCAAGUCUGGAAUAUUUCCUAAAAAUUUUGUCCAGAUUCUGCAAUAAUUCUAAAACUGAAAUCCAUUUCUUAGGAGCCUGGUUAUACGUCAACAAUUUUCCAGCACAAAAGCACAUGAUAUUCCAGGCUGCAAAGUUUGCCAUCUAUGAUCACUAGAUAUAAUCGUUGACUAUCAGAUGCAUUUUUGCACUAUUUUUAUAAACAUAUAUGAGAUUGUACAAGAUCUUAAUUUUUUAAAAAAGAAGUGCUACCUUAGUAUUGUACCAAAUCCUGCUACUGGGCAAUAUAAAGUAGGCCACCCAAUCUUCCUAAAAUACAGUGAACUAAAUAUGGCUCUCAUUUCAUCUCUUUAUUCCCAGCACAAAUUCUUAGUUGCACUCAACUGUAGGCAUGCAGCAUAUUUAGUACAGACUAAUUACUCUUAAAACAAUGCAUAAUGGGUAUAAGGCAUCUUAUUACUUUUAGUCAGUCCCUUGAAAGAGCUGGAUUUCCUCGAGAGGCCUGGCUCACAUAUGCAAGAGGUGGCGGCAAAAUGGACAGCACCACUUGUGACUUGCAGGUGAAAAAUCGUUUCUCUGCUCUGCCCCUUGGAAACCAGCACAACAAGCAAAGAAAAAGGAUAUAACCUUUUGGCAAACCUUUAAAAGCUGGAAUCCACCACUUGGAGUUAUUUUAUUACCUCAUUUUGCUGCUUGUAUGAGCUAGGCCUUGGUUUACAUACUCAUCCUUUUCAACUCUUGAGGAGGGACUCCACAGCUUCCUAGAUAACUAAUUCAGUUACCCAACAUUAGUUCUCCAGUGUAUCUGUUCAUCAUAAAUGUAUUUUAUCUUUUUCUGGUAUUUUUUAUUAUACCUAUCAUUUCAUCAAGCUUUUGCUUUCUAGGAACAGGUAUGGUUAAAGGAUAGCAUUUUAAUUUCAUGAAACUUCAGACAUUCAUCGUAUGUGAAUGGGAAAAUGCAAUCACCACCAAUUAUCAUUAAUGUAGGAACUGAACACAGUUGCAAUUUGAAUGGCUGCAUCUGCUUGUUUUCCUAACUUUGUUGUCUUUAAUUAGAUUUUACUUCUUUCGGUCUCUCAAAUUCAGAAGUGUAUAUUUAACACCUGAGCUAUAUAUUGUCUGAACAUAACAAGAGCUUGGUGGUUCUUUACUUCACACAAUUCUUAGAAGUUUAAGAAUAGCAAACAGAUGGAUACAAUGUACCUAUCAUCCUGUUUGUAAAAUAGAUCUAAGUAAUUUUUAUUUUAUCUUCUAAUUAAUGUAGGAAACCUGCAUGUAUGCGUUAGAAAUCUUAUUAAACCAGACAGUAAGAAUAAAUUUAGCCUGAACUCCAAAAGUAGUUGCAUUAUAUGAACAAAUUGGGAUUAGCUACCAUUCAAGAGUUUGAAAACCAGACUUCUACAUCAGAGGAGUCUUCUCCAUUAUGUUUCUAGUGGCAUAGUCAAAUACUUUUUCUUCCUGCUAUGCCCAAAGUUAUGGUGGCUGAGAAAUACACCAAAAUGCUUCAGAUUCUCUAGAAUUCAGGACUACUUUUUGCUGCUUCCGAGUUCUGUAAUUCCUUGACUACUGUCUGGGUAGUCAAGGAAUUGACUAUCCAAACAGUAGUCUGGGUAGUCAACUGACCAGGAAUAUCCACUAGUACUACUAGAAGAAAAUAGUUCUGAAUGAGAACUGAAUAGGCUUGCUGCAGCAUUCAGUUCUAGUUUGGAAACUGGCCUUAUAAAGGAGUCUUACCUUCAGUGAAAAUUUAAACCCUUAUCAGAGCAUUAAUGAAUAGACUAAGAUGCAAUAAUACUAAUAUUUAACUGGACACAUACCCCUUUCAUUAAUAAAGGUGGCUGUUAGUGUACACAUAAAGCCAAUGAAAAGCGAACUUUAUUUUAUGCAAUAGUAAACAUGCUUUGAAAAAGAUGAACUUUUAAAAUCCACAACUUAAGCAUCAUAAAGGGAACCCUUUUGAAUGACAGGAUGUCAAUCUUCUACUGUCCUGUUUCCCACUGUGAAAACCUGAUGUUGUGUCCAACAUUUCCUGCUAAACUUGGAGAUAUAACUGUUCCUUUUAUUCAGAAACUUCAAUCAGCAAAAUUAGUAGCAAUUGCUUAUUAGCAACAAUUCCUGUUUUUUUGUCUGCUAUACCCAUUCUUAUGAAGAACCCAUGGGCACCAUGUGGCCCUCUUCCAAUUGGCUGGUGAUGGAUUUUUAAAAAAAAUUUUCAGGAGCAGCCACCACCAUACACUGUUGGUUUUAUUCUCAUUCUUCCUUCCCCACAUUUUGUUAAAUCACCCCACCUCCCUUAUCCCCAACACUUGGGCUUCCUUUGUGUAUGGCCAUUUUAUGGUUGUGCCCACCACCCUGUGUCAGAAUUCCAAAGAUGCCCGCAGGCACAAAAAGGUUGGGGACCCCUAAUUUACAGCCAGAGCUGCAGUUCAGUAUCUUUCCAACAAUGGCCAUUAUAGAAUACAUCCUUCGUCAUGCAUAUAAUGGGAAAUCCUAUGGAUUUUAUAUACAGGGUUCCCGCCGCCCCUAUACACAACAGUAACUUCCAAUGAGGUAGUGUGAAAGAAAUCCCCAACAAUUAUCAUGACAGGCAAGUUUCUGAAAACAACUGACUCAAAGUAAUCCUGCAGGUACAGGAGCAUUUUAUUGCACUUAACACUGGCCUCCGUUUUAGGUACACAGUCUCACUAUGGGUUGGCACCAAUACAAAAUUGCCACAGUGGAGCUCCUGCAUAUGCAGAAAUAAAACAAAAACACAUGCCAAGUCAAACUCACCAUAUCCUCACUUCUUUACACCAUAAGGAGGAAAGUGCUAGGUGCUGCACAAGAUCACGAGCAAGUAGAUCUGUGCCUAAGUACUUUUGUUUCUGCUUGUACCUCACUGGAUCCAAGUCUAUGUUUUGACAUAAAACAUAUGGAUAGGACUGAGCUGCAUCUGUCUACACCAAAACCAGAUGUGUAUCUCAUGGAAUACACUCAUCUGCCUACUAGCUUCAAACAGUUGUUUCUAGGUACUCCAUCUUCAAGAUGACUUUCUUCAGUGCCUUUGCAUGCAUAGAUACUGUUUAAGUGCCCACUUGCUUUUGGUCUAGGUAUGGAGAAAAUACUUUAGUGCAACAUGUGGGCUGUACAAGUCGAAAUUUGGGAUUACUCUCCCCAGAAAUGUAAAGGCCCUACAGCUAGUCCUAACCUUGCCAUGAAGCUUUUAGAUUUGCAAGACCUAUUUGUGCUUUGUAGUUUCCCGUUUCCUUAUGAGAAGUUUUGUUUGGUCCCUGCAACCACCACCACCUUGCACUACAUAAAAACGUUGGUUGCUGCAUCACAGCCUCAAGACUUUCCCAAUGCAUACUAUUGUCUAUAUUUUGAAAAGAGGUAUUGACACAAGUUACUGGAAGUUAGAAUAUUCCAGAUUGUUAGAGUGCAAUGUUUACUUAUUUGUUGACUGUGUGUUCCAAUGAAUUCAUAAAAGUACUCUGAGCAAGUAGUGAUUUAGACAUUUACGCUAGUGGAGAAUUAUUGUUUAGUCUUGUUAAUGAAUAAGCAUUAAUUACUAUUGUAAGACAGACAAUAUGGAUAAAUAUUACAUCCAUUAGCAUUUCAUACAUUUAAAUAAGCAUCUGGCUGAGCAACCCAAGUAUUCUCAAUUUUGUAUAUCAAGACUGACAAACGCAGCAACUUCACUCCAACAGUGCCAUCUAAAGGGCUCUUAAUGUAUGUGUAUUAAAUGUGGGCUACACUUGAAAAAAAACCAUUUGUAUUUAAAUGUAUUUAUCUAGUUGACAUCUUCCUAGAAAGAGAGCAUAGGUUUGGGGUUACACACUCUAAUCUUUGAAUAUAAAGACAGUUCUGUGGAUGGAUUCUUUUCUCAAUUGGUUUAUAAAUGAAUAUUAUGCAAUCAUGAAUGUAACAGACUGUUUUAGUACUAGAGACUUUGUUCCAUGUAGCAGCUUAGAUCCAGAAAACUACAAUCCUACCAUCUCAGUGUGAAUUUUCCAAAGGUCCUAUCCCCUUCCAAUGGUUUUGAGGUGGGCUACAGCAAGAAGAUGGUGGUGAAAAAUCUGCCGUAUUAGUUUCAGAUGUACUUCUCUGGAGCUAAGCUUUUUACUUAUAGAAUAAUCUGUCCAUCAAUGAUUUGUGCACAAAUGCUAUUUUUGUUUCCUAGAAAUUACCAUUUUACACUGAUCUAUUGCACCAGUAAAGUUUGUAUUAAAUCAAUAAACAUUUGUUUGUCUGA